AGAUGCAGCAGAGGGGUCUCUGGGGGCUCAGUGUGGGUUUAUUCAAAUCUUCUUCUGGUACAAAUAGUCCCAGACUCACAGAGAACUAAACUCCCGAGUCCUCAUGUCUCCGUUCUCACUCGAGGUGUGUGUCGGGGCUUGAGCGAUGGCACAGAUCUGUCCGGAGGGUCAGUUCAUGGACCGGCUGCUGCGAGAGUGUGUGUCCUGCAGCAUGAUCUGUCACGACUCUGUUCCUCCCUCACGCUGCUCUCAGUUCUGCGUGGCCUGGAGAUGUAAAGCCGUGUCCGGUCAGUUCUACGACACGCUGCUGAAGAAGUGUCUGCAGUGCUCUGAGCUGUGUGGCAGUCACCCGGCGGCCUGCGCAGACGCAUGCACGAGCACAGGGACGGUGUUCGUGACGCAGAGGCCGGAUGUCGGCGGCUCUGCAGUGCAGCUGGUCCCCGGCAGAGGGCGCUCAGUACCCGGAUCAGCGCUGUACUCGGAGGCGCUGCUCUACUCGCUGCUAGGCCUCUGCAUCAUAGUGCUGAUGUUCACGCUGACCGCUGCUUUCCUGCUGCUGCUCAAGAGAGCCAAACACCAGCAGCUGGACACCAAGAAACAGCAGCCCAACAAGCACGGACAGUCCUCCGAAGAUUCUCUGAUGGCUCGUGUGGAUGAAGUGUCUCAGGAGCGUCCGAGGGCCACAGAGACCUGCGUCUACUGCUUCUCUGAGCACACAGACCUGCUCCAGACACACAGCGAUAAGAGCCGAUCGCUCCGGAUCAUCUGCUCCCCGACACACACCAGCAUCUCAACAUAGACCUCUCACACACACACACACACCAGCAUCUCAACAUAGACCUCUCACACACACACACACACACUUACACACACACACACACACACACACACACACACACACACACACACACACCAGCAUCUCAACAUAGACCUCUCACACACACACACUCACACACACACACCAGCAUCUCAACAUAGACCUCUCUCACACACACACACACACACACACACCAGCAUCUCAACAUAGACCUCUCACACACACACACUCACACCAGCAUCUCAACAUAGACCUCUCUCACACACACACACACACACACACACACACACACACACCAGCAUCUCAACAUAGACCUCUCACACACACACACACACCAGCAUCUCAACAUAGACCUCUCUCACACACACACACACACACACACACCAGCAUCUCAACAUAGACCUCUCACACACACACACUCACACCAGCAUCUCAACAUAGACCUCUCUCACACACACACACACACACACACACACACACACACACCAGCAUCUCAACAUAGACCUCUCACACACACACACACACCAGCAUCUCAACAUAGACCUCUCACACACACACACACACCAGCAUCUCAACAUAGACCUCUCACACACACACACACACAAACACACACACGUCUCUCCUCAAUGAGGAAAAACAACCUCAGCUUAGUUUUAAUGAAAGCUGUAUUUUAUAGAGCACUGCACACUUUGAAGGCCUCUUGACUUAUUCAAUUUUAAUAAAAAUAAUUAUUUUGUGUG